AUGCAGUCCGUCCCGGAGUCCCGCCAACAGACCUUCGAGGAGAUCUACGGACCUCCAGAGAACUUCCUCGAGAUUGAAGUUCGCAACCCCCAGACUCACGGCACAUCGCGCAACAUGUACACUUCCUACGAAAUUGUUUGCCGUACCAAUAUCCCCGCAUUUAAACUGAAGCACUCCGUCGUACGCCGCCGAUACUCCGACUUCGAAUACUUCCGCGAUAUCCUCGAGCGCGAGAGCACUCGCGUGACUAUUCCCCCGCUGCCAGGAAAGGUCUUUACCAAUCGCUUUAGUGACGACGUCAUCGAGCACCGCCGGGAGGGGCUUCAGCGGUUCCUGCAGAUUGUGGCAGGUCACCCCUUGCUGCAGACAGGAAGCAAAGUCCUGGCUAGCUUCAUUCAGGACCCUAAUUGGGACAGAAACUCUUGGUAG